GCCUACGGAGGCAAUUAUCCCGCUGGCGGCGAUUUCCACCACGACGACGACGAUCUGCGCACUGCGCACCAGCAGGCCUCCCAAUACGCCGGCUCAUCUGGCAGCAGCGACAUCUUCUCCAACGUCAUCAACAGCCUCGGCCAGAAGAAGAGCAACUUGGCCAACAGCGAUAUCGAUGAGCAAGAUGCUAUCCGCAAGCACAAGGAGACCUACGAGCAGGACGCCGACAACCUAGAUUCCCACAGCCUCGGCUCCGCCGCCGCUCUACAGGCACUGAAGAAGUUCACACAGGGCGAGACUGGCGGCAACCAGAGCCAAGGCGCGUUCCUGGGCCUGGCCCUGUCCGAGGCCAGCAAGCUCUUCGACAACAAGGCGGCCGAUGGAAAGGUGGCAUCCGAUGCCAGCAAGGAGUCUGCGAUCCAGCAGGCUGGCGAGAUGGCUUUGAAGAUGUACCUCAAGAGCCAGGGAGGC